UCACCUGUUUUGCUUCUGGUUGUUCUUCAGAGAUGUUAGCCCUCCCACCUCCACCGCCGUCUCCAAUUCCACCUUCGCCGCUACCUCAACCCCCGCCCCAACGGCAUACCAGACGCCCGCCCCGGUCCCCAAGGCCAAGUACACCAAUCUCCCAAAUCAUCAUAUCAAAGUUCGCUGCGAAUCGAGGAGCCCCAGCACCUGAUGAAGUAAAUCUAGUCUCAAGUAAACCGACAAAGCAAACAAGACUGCGGCAACCUCAGCGGACAAAUCCGCUCAUAUGGUGCUGUGCUAUUGCGUGUCUCAUAUUUAGCCUUAUUCUUAUUUUCUUUGGAAUUGCAACUUUGAUACUCUUCCUAGUUGUCAAACCGAAAACCCCAUCAUUUGACAUCCCCAAUGCAAGCCUCAACACCAUCUACUUCGACUCACCGGAAUACUUCAACGGCGACUUCACUUUCCUCGCAAAUUUCUCCAACCCUAAUCGGAAAAUCGAUAUAAGAUUUGAGUAUCUGGAUAUGGAGCUUUACUUUUCUGACAGGCUCAUAGCAACUCAAUCUCUUGCACCUUUCACACAGAGACCUGGAGAAGGAAGGUUGGGAUCAGUUCGCUUAAUAUCGAGCUUGGUUUACCUGCCUGUCAAUCACGCUGUGGCACUUCGGACACAGGUGCAGAACAAUCGGGUCACCUAUAAUAUGAGAGGAACAUUUAAAGUGAGAGCCAGUCUAGGUAUGAUCCAUUUUUCUUACUGGUUGCACAGCAGAUGCCAGUUACAGAUGACAGGUCCGCCAACUGGUGUUUUAGUUGCAAGAAGUUGCAAAUCUAAAAGAUGAAGAUCAGGAGAACUAUUUCCUGCUAUCUUCCUUUUAUGGUCUAAUUAUGUCUACAUUGAAACCUAAAUGUAUAAAGGUUAUAUCAGCUAUAUAAAUAUGAUACAUAAGAAUUCUUUUCUACUAACUUACGAAAUAGUUUUUUUCUUUUC